CACACAGAAGACGGAACGCGCACGAUCAUCAGGCCCAAGCAGCGGCUGUUUCUUGACAUCUUCCUCUCCUGCGUAUGUGUGCCGCUGUCCCAUUACCUCCCUCUCUCUCUCUCUCUCUCUCUCUCUCUCUCUGUAUAUAUAUAUAUACAUAUACAUAUUCUAUGCUCGGCAUUCUUCUCUGUCAACCGCUACUACUUGCCCUCACGUACUCUCUCUCUCUAGCAUAUUCUCUAUCUCAUUUCUUCUCUGGGUCUGGGUUAUUCAGACUUUGCUUGCAAUGGCAGACAGAGUUUACCCUCGCGGCUCACCUCCCUCCGGCGAAUCAUCAACGACGUCAUCUCAAGAGCACCCCGUGCCUCGCAACCCCGUCCAGCCCUCGACAGACAAACCCCUUCCUGCGUCGGGAACCUACGUCAUCCAGGUCCCUAAAGACCAAGUCUACCGCUACCCCCCGCCGGAGAAUGCCCGCCGCUUGGACUCCUACUCCCGCCUCAAACCCCGCCGGAAUUGCUGCUGCCGCUGCCUGUGCUGCACUUUCGGUGUCUUCUUCCUCCUCAUACUUCUCCUCGCCGUCGCUGCCGGCGUCUUCUACCUCGUUGUCCGGCCAGAGUUGCCGAAAUACUCCCUCGAUAACAUCUCCAUCACCGGAUUCAACCUCUCCGCCACCGCCGCAACAACCGACAUCUCACCGGUAAUUGACCUCAGCGUCCGCGCCGAGAACCCUAACGACAAGAUCAGUAUCUACUACGAGGACGGGAGCUCCGUUACGGUCUUGUACUCCGACAUGAACCUUUGCGACGGCGUUUUACCGACGUUUCACCAGCCGACGAAUAAUGUGACGGUUUUCCAAACUGCGUUAAGGGGCUCUAACAUCCUAUCCAGCGCCGUCCGAUCGUCAAUGAUCGCCGAUCAGAAGCAAGGGAAGGUAAAUCUGAUGGUGAAGUUGGACGCUCCCGUUAAGAUCAAGGUCGGCGCCGUCAAGACGUGGAAGAUCACCGUUAGGGUUUCGUGCGAUGUAACGGUGGACAAGUUAACGGCGAAGUCAAAGAUUCUUUCCAAGGACUGUAAUGUGAGAGUGAAGCUUUGGUGAAGAGGGUUGUUUGGUUGAGGGUGUAGCGUAGUCCAUGUUUGUUACCAAUACUAUACAGUAUACAGAUUAUUUACGUUUAUUCUUUGUUUUUUUUUUUUUUCUCAAUUGGUUGCAUUUGAUAUUUCGAUUGCGCACCAGAUGUGACACCAUUUUACUGUUAAUAAAUUAUUUAUUUAUUGUUUUA